AUGGUAGUCCCGCCGAGGGCGGCGGUCUGGCCGCCGCAGCCGUCCGGCGUGGGGCUCGAGGCGGUGCGGCUCGCGGGGGCGGAGGGGGCGGCCUUGAUCCUGUCGUUCUACACGAAGACGGGCUACAAGGGCGUCGGCCGCGGCGAGUACGUGGACGGCACGCCGUUCUACGAGGUGCGCGGCUGCAGCAUCAGCGGUCGCAAGUACAUAAGCCCCGAGCACGCUGCUCUCGCCCGCUGGCGAGCCAUCUUCUCGUCGCACCUGCAGCUGCCUGAGGCGGGGCGAAGCUCGAGGCCGCGCGGGGGCGACCGCUGUGCGGGCUCCUCGCGACAGGUGGCUGCGGUGGCGGCGGAGGCGGAGGGGCUGCGGCUGCACCUCUCGAGCAGCAGCAGCACCGGCUACAAGGGCGUCACCAAGGUCUCCGGCGUCACCAAGCGCUUCCAGGCGGUGCACUAUGUGGGCAAGUUGCGGGUCUACAUCGGCUCCUUCGACACGGCGGUGGAGGCGGCGGUGGCGUACGCGCGGGCGGUAGGCGAGUGGGUGGAGCGGCGUGGCGUGGAGCUCCGAGAUAGCGCGAGAUCGCCCGAGAUCGCGCGGUUCUGCAGCACCUCGGCACUCGGCGAGUUGGAUGGCGACGGAAACACCCUUCUCCACCACGCAUUCCGAUACGACCGGCGGGCCCUGGCCGCCGAACUGGUGAAGCGAGGGCUCGACCCGUGGAGCGCUAACAACGCGGGGCUGCGGCCGGUGGACUUUCCCCGCGCGCUCGAGGGCCUACCCGUCGGCCCGCUGGACGCGCCGAGCAGCGCAUCGCUGGACGCGCCGAGCGAACCGCGCACGGAGGCGGGAGGCGCGCGCCCCACCUACAGAGGGGCAGCUCCCGCCUCUCUGCCCGCGCGGGCGACGGAGGAGGAUGGCACGCAGGCCGAGGAGGUCCCGUGGUGCCUCCUGAACAGCCCCGACGACGUUGUGAUUGAGAUCAUGAAGCACUUGCCGCUUCGCUCUGUGUUGUCGCUGUUCGAGGCUUCACAUCGCUUCCGCCGGCUGAGCGGCUCCGCCCUGCUGUGGGAGCAUCUUUGCUGGGCGCACCUCAAGCUGACGCAGGGGCGGCGGAGCUGCCUCGCUUCGUGGCGCGAGGCGUACGUCGAGCACGUCAUCAUGCAGAGCGGCGUCAAGCUGCUGCGCGACCAGCGCGAGGAGGCAAAGGGGCGCGGCGAGCACGUGCGCCGGCACAUGAGCUCCUCCAUCGCCGAGCUGCUCACGUGAAGCCGCCGCUGUCGCGCCCGCCCACCCCGCGUGCGAUACACACGCGGGCCACCUGUACACCUGCACACUUCUGUCCAUGUCUGUCAUCUUCCCUCUCCAUGUGUUACGUCGUUGGAGAUCCGUGUCCUCUUCCCUUGCGCUGACCGCGCGAGUGCUUUGGGGAUUUGUCAGUGGCGCACUGGUGCCGUGCCCAUCGUGAUUCUUCGCGUCAGUGUUGUGUGACUCGUGCACGCGACUCGCCUCUCGCGCGAGGCGCGUCUCCGUCUGCGGUGCGCGAUAGAGUACCCCACGCGUCGUCGUCGACACCAUGUGUCGGUAAAGAGUUAGGCGACUGAGUAAAUAUGCAUAUAGUACGGCUC